AUGGGAAGGGACUGGGUUUUGGGAUUCAGUAUGGACCUGAAAACGGCGUUGGCUUUUCCGGUUCUUGCUUUUUUUUUCUUUUUCUUCUUUUUUUGCCUCCAACGCGUUUUCCUCUCUCUUCGCUUCUACCCGUCUCCAGCUCUUCUGCAGUUUUCUGCCAUUGGUCAGUUUUGCGGAACGGUUUUCCCCUCCAACUUUCUUUCUUUUCUUUCCCCUGACUUCUUUCACGCUCUUGACAGUGGGUCGUUACAUCUCACGAAUCGGUCCAAGUCGCAGAGCAACGACAAGUUGUCACGUGGAAAGACGACUAGAUCUGAAAGGGAACCGGAGGAGAGUAUGGAAGAUGGCUGA